UCCGAGGGCUAGCGGCUCAGGCAGCCAAAUAUUUGACAUAACAAUCGGCGUCCAGUUAGCUUAGUGUCGAAACUAAUCACUUAUUUAGAUUUAAAACAAACUUCCCUCUACUAUAUCUCGAUCCCCCGUGCUCUCGAUACGUACAUUUAAGCGUAAGUGUGUAGGAUGUCAACUCCGGCGAGACGACGUUUAAUGAGAGAUUUUAAACGGCUGCAAGAAGAUCCUCCAGCUGGAGUCAGCGGGGCCCCCUCAGAAAACAAUAUUAUGGUAUGGAAUGCUGUCAUUUUUGGGCCAGAGGGAACUCCUUUUGAAGAUGGAACAUUCAAACUCACCAUAGAGUUCACAGAGGAAUAUCCAAAUAAGCCCCCAACUGUGAGAUUUGUCUCUAAAAUGUUUCAUCCUAAUGUAUACGCCGAUGGCAGCAUAUGCUUAGAUAUACUACAGAAUCGUUGGAGUCCCACUUAUGAUGUGUCUUCAAUAUUAACAUCAAUACAGUCUUUACUGGAUGAGCCCAACCCCAACAGUCCGGCCAACAGCCAGGCAGCCCAGCUGUACCAGGAGAACAAGCGGGAGUAUGAGAAGAGAGUUUCUGCUAUCGUUGAACAGAGUUGGCGCGACUGUUGACCCGCGUCAUUGUUGUCGUGGUCCCCGCCAUGAACAGUGUCCGACCUCUAGUUGUCAACUUAUCUCACAGUAUACGUUUUGCCCCCCUCCUGCCAAAAGAAACUGUCGGUUGCCAAGUUUGUACGCUGUCGUGUUUGAGGCAUUCAAUUCUGCUGAAUGCCAUCAUCAGGCUAAAAUGUGUUUAAAAGAAAAAAAAAGUUAAUGUACCUUGUUAUAUCUGGGUUACUUGCCUCUUUUUUUUGUGCAAAAUGGCUGCUAACUAUGUGCUUGCUGUAAAACCACCUACUGUUCUUAUUUUGACACAUAAACAUGUAUUUGUGGUUAUUUCUUUUUGUUGUAUCAGUGUGCUUUGUUUUGCCUUUUGAAAGCCUUUCAAGUGGGACUGAUACUUUUCAUUGAAGCAUUACAAUUAACCUGACAUGAACAUUUAUUACAAGCUGCCUUGUGGAUUUCAGAUGCUCUUUGUGUUUGAGUACGACACGCAAGACAUGACGGCCCCAUUUGGGCACUUGGUUUCACUGACAAAAUGCUGACAUUUAAAGACUGAGGAUGUUUGUUAGCUAAGCUAUUUCACAAUCAUACAAAAGUAGUGAUCAGUGUGAAGUGAUCAUACAAGAUGAUUUGUCUUUAAAGUUUACACUGGUAACCCAUGUAACAAACUGUACAUUUUCUUGUAAAUAAAAUGAUCUAUGUUA